UAAGAGCCGGUAUUUUUCACUCACAUUUGCGCAUAUACUCUUAAUGAUAUACGUGCUGUGAACAAAAUAUUACUCAGUUUGUGUUUUGGUUCCGUCUCGUCAACAAGUUUAGUUUUACUGUUAAAUUCAAAAUGUCAAUUUUGGAAACAAUUUCUUCGGAUAAUGAUGUCUUUAGAGCUUAUGCUUUCUGGACAGCUGUUACCGUCAUAAAGAUGCUUUUGAUGUCUGGAUUGACAGGAAAAAAUAGAUUUAAGAAUAAGACAUUCGCAAAUCCAGAAGAUACAGGCUUUGCUGGCAAAAAUCUAAAAGCUAAAUUUGGAGAUGAAGAUGUUGAACGUGUUAGAAGAGCUCAUAGAAAUGACCUUGAAAAUUGUAUCCCAUAUAUGAUUAUUGGAUUAUUGUAUGUCCUCACAAACCCAACUUCAUUUAUUGCUGUGAAUGUCAUUAGAAUUGGAGCAAUUUCUAGAAUUGUUCACACAGUUGCCUACUUGAAUGCUUUACAGCCAUGGAGAGCUAUUGGAUUCUUUGGAUGCGUAGCUGCAACUGUCUUUAUGUCUGUCCAAGUUUUAAUGGCUUUUUAUUAAAAUUGCUAUUAAAUAAUUUCAAUUUAUUAUGGAAUACGUAAAAAGGGAAGCUAUAUAAGAAGCUAAUAAAAUAUUUCUUAAAAAAUUUUUGAUAU